GUACGUAUAGUGUGUACGCUGUGACAUGCAAACUUUAAUACACAGCGUCUGCUUUUCUAUUUCAUUGUACAGGGUUUUUAUAUUCCAUUGAAAUAUUGUAUCUCAACUGGAUCAUCAAUAAAUCAACCAAUCAACUAAUGACAGAAACCGAUGAUGAUUGUCCACGCUUGGUGAUUGCCUCCCAUCCUCCUUAACUGGUGGACGAGUCUCCCCCCUCUGAAUAAGACAGCAGGGCCGACCACUACAUUUCAUUCUCAGAGUGCCCGAGCAUUGCUGGAAGAGAGUUCAGUUGGUAGAGCCAUUAUUUCAGAGAUUGAGGAAGGAGAGUUGACACGGAAAAGCAGACUGAAGCUUGUUAGAAUUGUUGUUGCACAUAUAAUCGAGCACUAUGGAGAUCGGCCCAAAGGUGACGUGAAGACUAGGAUGGCUCAGGCCAUCAUUGAUGAUUUCCCAUCUCUGAAAGAUGAUGAAGGUCAAGGUUUUGAAGCCUGGUACACUCCGGGAAAAGGAUGUCAUUCGUCAACUGGGUGGAACGACUGAGGAACGUCCGGCGCAAUGAGACUGGAACCAAAACGACCAUAACUCCCAUAACUCAUCCAAGCAAAAAUACAUUGAUUGCUGCCACUUUACCGGAAUCUGAUCUCUCUGACGAACAGUGUAAGAGUAUGGCAGAGUGGCUGAAGCACAACUUGGCACCAGUAGCUCAGGUGACAUCCUUCAUGGAAAAGACUGCUGUCAAGAGGGCAGAGUGGAUUCGCAACAACCCUGGUCAACCAUUUGACAACAUCCUACAAGAAUAUCCACGGCUCUUUGACACACCUGGCAUGGUGGAAUUGGAUUUUCGGGCCCUAUUUGCGGAGGUGGCCGAUAACCUCUACAUGCUGUGGACUUCAACCUACACUAAUGAGGUGCUGAAGUAUGCCAGUCUGCAAGGGAAAUGGCAAUCUUACUUGCAUAUUGAUCCGUCCAAAAUGAACUCGGAUGACAAGAAGACAAAUGUUUCGUUGGGCCUUCUCCCAUGUAUUCUGCCACCUGGCAGAAAGGGGAAUAAGAGGGCCAGUAUUGAUGAAGCUAUGGCAUCCUACAUUGCCGUUGAACCGAUUGGUACAAACAUGCCAAAGUAUUUAGAAGAGGUGGCAAAUAAGCAGCCAUUCGUCUUGAUACUGGGUUCGCUGAUGGAACCACUACAAUGCUUCGUGAUUGUCGAGCGGAAGGCCCUUCAGCAGAUGUCACUGUUGAAGGCAUUGGAUGUGUGUUUUAAACUGUUCUAUGUUUUGGACGUAAACUACCCAUGGCAGUGUGCCACCACAUGGGAGUAUUUCCAGAAAGUUGUGUUCGGGCUAGAAGAUCACAAUAGCCACAGCAAAACCUCCCCAGCUGUGAUAGCCAUGCGGACAGCAUUGAAACAUGUUGCAAAGUAGUAUCCAUGACUAGAGAGCGAGGCUGGUACUUUGAAAACCGACUGAUUUCUGAUAUCUAAGAAGACAAAAGUGAACUAAAUGAUGAACUCCCAUGGGGUAGAUUCAUACGAAAUCAACAAAGUUUCAGAACAAAAUGGCAAGUCUCCUCUUAGAUUUUGCUGAUUUCAGUCAGUAUUAUUUGUAGAUAAUAACGAGAUAUAUGCCAAAUUUGAGUGCUCUCAGGUACAUACUUUUUGAGUUAUGGCCUUCCAAAGUCAGGGCUUCAAUUGUGGAUUGGCCUGUUCAUUUUUGAAAUACUCUCAUUUAAAAAUCCCUCUUUGAUAAUGUUCUGAUGAUAAUGCUGUUAUAAGGUCCCAGACAUGGCACUAGGUGAUAGUGGUCGAACUAGUCAGCUGAAACUUGGACCAACACCCUGACUUUUGGAAGACCAUAAAAGUGUGUAACCGAGAAUGCUGAAAUUCUGCACGACUUCCUUUCUCAUAAUGAUCUACAAAUAAUUUGAAAAUCAGCAAAAUCUAGGAGUUGACCUACCAAUCCUUUUCUUGUUUCGAAUGGAAUUACCUCAUGGCAAUGCUGCAGCCAGUUUUGAGUUGUUGAAAUUCAAAGUUUGUUUACAUUAUACCUUUCAUGAGACAUCUGACAAAUUCUGUGAUGUUAUAGUUAUAGUUUGACCUGAAAGCUUUUGUUGUCCUCAUUAUAUUAUAUUAUACCCUUCGUGAGACAUCAAACAAAAUUUGUGAUGUUAUAGUUAUUGUUUGACCUGAAAGCUUUUGUUGUCCUCCUUAAUAUACUUCUCUUCAUCAAACAAGGAUAUGUCAAAGUUCUGAAGAUUUAAGAAAGUGACAUGAAAAAAAUUCAAGAAAAAAUCAGUACUCUAAUUGUAAUAGAUAACAAAAGCUUCUGUAGACAAUGUGUAUGUUUGAUAUUGAUAUUAUGAUAUCAAAAGUAUGAGUAAAGUUGUACUCGGUUAAUCUACCAGUUAGAUGCAUUCUAACAUAUGGCAUUCGCCAUUCGGGCAUCAGUACUUCACAAAACAAAUGGAAGGGGGGGGGGAAUUAUUCUCACUCAUUGUUAAGACUUUAUUUCAAUAUUUUACAUGUUUGCUUAGAAUAAAAUGCGUUUAAUUAUAUAUGGUUUGCUUUUCCUUCAUUAGCAUAAUGUGAAUGUGAAUUAGCAUAAUGUGAAUGUAAUAUUUAGGGCUCCCAAAUACCAUAGCCUAUUAACCAAGUAGUGAAAGGCGGUGUAUACUACUCCGUUAGUUCUAGGUGAAAUGAAUCAGAAAUGCUAUGGAUUGUUCUAGGAUAUAAACCAUGUUUCUGGUUGAAUUAACCAGGAAUGUGGUGUCACUCUGCAAUGUUUACCAGAGCCUGGUACAUUUAACCAGGAAUGUGGUGUAUCACUCUACAUUUAUAACCAGGGUCCUGGUGGAAUUAACAAGGAAAUCCUGGUAAAUUUAACCAGGAAUGUGGUGUAUCACUCUACAUUUACAACCAGGUUCCUGGUGGAAUUAACAAGGAAAUCCUGGUAAAUUCAACCAGGAAUGUGGUGUAUCACUCUACAUUUACAACCAGGGUCCUGGUGGAAUUAACAAGGAAAUCCUGGUAAAUUUAACCAGGAAUGUGGUGUAUCACUCUACAUUUACAACCAGGGUCCUGGUGGAAUUAACAAGGAAAUCCUGGUAAAUUUAACCAGGAAUGUGGUAUAUAGUUCCACAAUGUAAACCAGAAUCCUGGUGAAAUUCACCAGGGAAUCAUGAUAACUUUAACCAGGAAUGUGGUAAAAAAUAACCAGGAAAUUUCACCAAUGUGUCCUGGUAAUUUUUACCAGGAUUUUGGUUGACGUACAUUCACCAGGAAAUCCUGGUGAAAUUAACCAGGAAAGAGUGGGUGGUAUACGGACAAGGAAUCUGGUGAAAUUUCAACCAGACUGGUGAAAUUUAACCAUAUUUUUUUUAGAGUGCAUGCCAGACGUGGUCUGGGCUUUCUAAGACACACGUCGAGUGUGCACAAAGACUCUUCACUUACUCAGGCGAAGUGCCCCUGGUGUCCACACUCGGCGUGUCUUCCCACUAGGUGGACCCGGCACAUUGCUCGGCAGCACCCAGACAAAGCCCUGCGGAAGCAGGCAGAUUUCUAUAAAAAAAAACCUGUAAAUAACCCUUUUUGAUUUUUAAUGAACUUUCUACAAGGUUUUUUUUUUUAUCCUUUUUAGCACAAUGAUCUCCAUUUUAACUUUAAAUGUUAAUGGUAUGCGUGAUUUUAAUAAACGUCAGCAAAUUUUUAA